CACCUUGGUAUGGAUUGGACAGACAUAUUGAGUACUAGUAUACAGUAUGGGGUGGGCUCACCCGGUCUGGUCACGUGACCACCGAACUGAAGGGUAGCAGUAUAAAGGCAGCGGCUGGCGUACUUCAGGGCAUUACAGCUGGAAGCGGGCUCUGGCAGCAUUUGGUCACGGCUGAUUGUUUAACAGGCAUACCCAUCACAAUGGCUGACAAAGGGAAACGUUCCAGCUUCUUAGACGGGGAAAUUCGAAUGGUACUUGUAGGAAAGACCGGAGUUGGUAAAAGUGAAACAGGGAAUACAAUAGCUGGAGCCGGAAAGUUGACGAAGAUAUUCGCCUCAUUGGCAAGAGCAAUGUCUGUUACAAAGAAUUGUAAACAGCAUUGCUUUAAACGCUUCGGUUACGACUUGCAGCUUGUUGAUGUCCCAGGUUUUUGUGACACAGUAAAAUCACAUGACGACAUAAAGGAAGAGAUAAUGAAAUGUAUAGCUAUAUCAUCUCCUGGAAUACAUGCCAUUCUUUUCAUCGUGAGGGUAGGAAGGUUCAUGGAAGAGGACAAAAAUACACUUGAAAGGUUCCUGCGCUGCUUUGGAGAAGAAUCAAAACGAUUUGUGAUUGUUGUAUUUACUGGAAAAGAUGACUUGGAUGCGGAUGAUGAUACCCUUGACAACUACCUAGGGGAUUGCCCAGUGACACUGAAGACGUUUUUAUAUGAUGUAAGUCGUCGCUGUAUUGCUGUCAACAACAGAGGGACGGAUGCAGACAAGGAGAAGUUUACCAGAGACCUGAUCGACAUGAUAAAAAGCAUGGUUGCUGCCAACGGCGGCCAGUGCUACACAAACGAGAUGUAUGAGAGGUGUGAGGCUCAGCUUCGAGAAGCUGAGAAGAAGGAAAAACUUGAAGAGAAGAGGGAGAAGCAGCUCGAGGAGAAACUCAAGCAAGAAGCUGCUGCCUAUGAAGAAAAGUUACAGAGACAGGAUCUUAAAGUGCAAGAAUUGGAGAGACAACUUCAACAAGAAAAGAAACGGAUGGCUGAACAAAAGGAGACAGCUGCAGAGGAAAACAUGAAGAGAGAAGUUCAGAAGGUGAAAGAUGUUCAGAAAACCAUUAGGGAAGAACAUGAGCGUACGAGAGAAGAAAUGCGACAUGAAGAAGCUCGGAAGCAGAUACGAGAGAAAGUUGAAAAUGGCGACACUAGUUACCUUGGAACUGCUUACCAAUGGGUAAAGAGCUCGCUCUCUGCAUUAAACCCAUUUAAAAAUUGGUACAAUUGAGCAAUGCUCCUCAAUUCGAAGAGAGUCAGACGACUCAUGGUCAAAAAGUCUGUGAAUGAGGAUUGAAAUAAGCACCAUUUGGGGCUGGGUUUAUAUCCAAAAAAAUAUUGUUCCCGAAAAUUCUGAAAACAAGUAAUUAUGCUUCAAACCAGACCCUCGCAUCCCACACCCUUGUACUGACAUAUAUGUAUAUAUCCAUGUGCAUGGAAGUGUUCACGAGUGCCUGUGUGUGUUUGUGCUUAUACCUGUCUGGACUAAUGUCGGUUCGAUAGUGCUCACCACAGUUGAACAUGAAUACCCCAUUCUGACAGUGACUAUGAACCCACCAGUGCCUGUUAUAUAGCCCGUUAAGGCCGAGCCCCAGGCAUGGUAGUAACUUUUGGUAUGGCGCGGUCAGGGGAUCGAACCACUGACCUUACGCACUCCCUGCAGAUGCUCUAUCAACUAGACCACAGAGGAACAUGUGACCCAUGUUUGGUUCACCUCCAUUUUUUAUUGAGAAACGUCUGUCGAUGAAUUGGUUUCUGGAUGUAGUAUGGAAAGUAGCGUAAUGUCAUUAGGUUUGUCUUCAUGUUACUACAGUCUUGUUCGUCUUGUUUACUACUUGGCUUUUGCGAAUUCUGUUUUGAAAUAAUUUACCAUGCUUUGUAAACUAGGUUUGUAUAAA